UAAUACUGGGACUUGGCUGGGUGUCAGUUAAAACUUUUUUCCCUGGCUGUGCCCUGGGUUUCCCCUUGAAGGGAUUUCCCUCCGCCUCUGCAACAAGACCCUUUAUAAAGAGGAGACUUUCUAUUUCACUCCUCACUGAGGCUCACAGGCAUUAGGAACGGAAGAUUCUUCCCAGACACUUCCACGUGGGGCAAAAAUACGGAUUUUGGAACCAUAUUUUCUUCAGAGCAGCAACUUUAAAUGCCUAGGAAGAUGGUCAUGAUCUUUGGAACUUCAAAUAUACUUUGGAUAGUGUUUGCAGCUUCUCAAGCUUUUAAAAUUGAGACCUCCCCUGAAUCCAGAAUUCUUGCUCAGGUUGGUGACUCUGUGUCACUGACUUGUAGUACCAUGGACUGUGAGUCCCCACGUUUCUCUUGGAGAACUCAGAUAGACAGUCCACUGAAUGGGAAGGUGAAGACUGAGGGGACCAAAUCCACGCUGAUCAUGAAUCCUGUUGGUUUCGAGAACGAACAUUCUUACCUAUGCACAGCAACCUGUGGAUCGAGAAAACUGGAAAAAGGAAUCCAGGUGGAGAUUUACUCUUUCCCUAAGGAUCCAGAGAUUCAUCUGAGUGGACCUCUGGAAGCUGGGAAGCCAAUUACUGUCAAAUGUAUAGUUCGGGAUGUAUACCCAUUUGACAGGCUGGAGAUGGAUUUGCUGAAAGGCAACAAUCUCAUGAAGAAUCAGGACUUUGCAGAGGAUAUGGACAAGAAGUCCCUGGAAACCAAGAGUUUGGAAGUAACUUUUACUCCUGUCAUUGAGGAUAUUGGAAAAGCUCUUGUUUGCCGAGCUCAAUUACACAUCAGUGAAACUGAUUCUGACCCCAAGGAAAAGAUGACUACGAAACAAUUGCAAGUCUACAGCUCACCCAAAAAUACAGUUAUCACUGUCAAUCCCUCUACAAGCCUGCAAGAAAAUAGCUCUGUGACAAUGACAUGUUCUAGCGAGGGCCUACCAGCUCCGAAGAUUAUAUGGAGCAAGAAAUUAGAAGAUGGAAACAUGCAGCCUCUUUCUGAGAACGCAACUCUCACCUUAAUUGCUAUGAGAAUGGAAGAUUCUGGAAUUUAUGUGUGUGAAGGAGUUAAUCUGAUCGGGAAAGACAGAGAUGAGGUGCAAUUAAGUGUUCAAGAGAAACCAUUUACUGUUGAGAUCUCCCCUGGACCUCGGAUUGCUGCUCAGAUUGGGGACUCAGUCACAGUGACGUGUAGUGUUAGAGGCUGUGAGUCCCCCACUUUCUCCUGGAGAACUCAGAUAGACAGCCCUCUGAGUGGAAAGGUGAAGAGCAAAGGGCCCAAGUCCACACUGACCCUGAGCCCCGUGAGCUUUGAGAAUGAACAUUAUUACCUGUGUACAGUGACCUGCGGACGUAAGAAACUGGAGAAGGGCAUUCAGGUGGAGCUCUACUCAUUCCCUAGAGGUCCAGAGAUUGAGAUGAGUGGUCCACUAGUGAAUGGGAACCCUCUCACUGUAAACUGCAAGGUUCCGAAUGUGUACCCUUUGGACCGACUGGAGCUUGAAUUACUCAAAGGAGACACUCUUAUGAAGAAUAAAGUCUUUUUGGAGGAAGUGGAAAUGAAGUCCCUAGAGACCAAAAGUUUGGAAGUGACCUUCAUCCCCACCAUUGAAGACACUGGAAAAGUUCUUGUUUGUCGGGCUAAGUUACAUAUUGAUGAAAUGGAAUUUGAACCCAAACAAAGGCAGAGCAUACAGACACUUAAUGUCAAUGUUGCUCCCAGAGAUACCACCAUCUUGGUCAGUCCCUCCUCCAUCCUGGAAGAAGGCAGCUCUGUGAAUAUGACUUGCUCAAGUGAUGGCCUUCCAACUCCAAAAAUCCAGUGGAGCAAGCUGCGGAAUAAUGGAGAUCUACAGCCUCUUGCUGAGAAUACAACUCUCACCUUAAUUUCUACAAAAAUGGAAGAUUCUGGUAUUUAUGUGUGUGAAGGGAUUAACCAGGCUGGCAUAAGCAGAAAAGAAGUUGAAUUAAUUAUUCAAGUUGCGCCAAAAGAUAUACAACUUACAGCUUUUCCUUCUGAGAGUGUCAGAGAAGGAGACACUGUCAUUAUCUCCUGUACAUGUGGAAAUGCUCCAGAAACUUGGAUUAUCCUGAAGAAAAAAGCAAAGACAGGAGACACCGUGCUAAAGUCUAUAGAUGGUGCAUAUACUAUCCGAAAGGCCCAGUUGGAAGAUGCAGGAAUAUAUGAAUGUGAAUCUAAGAAUGAGAUUGGCUCCCAAUUAAGAAGUUUAACACUUGAUGUCAAAGGAGUUGAAAAUAAGGACUAUUUUUCCCCUGAACUUCUUGUGCUUUACUGUGCAUCUUCCUUAAUAAUACCUGCCAUUGGAAUGAUCGUUUACUUUGCAAGAAAAGCCAACAUGAAGGGUUCAUAUAGUCUCGUAGAAGCACAAAAAUCCAAAGUGUAGCUAAACUUUGAAAUAUUCGACCAGAGACUCUAUUUUCCCACCCCGAUUCUUAACACUGCUUAUCAUUCCA